GCGCAUGACUUAAUAUGUUAUUUUCUUAAGAAAACGGUAUAUAUAAGUACAAAAGCAUACGCUAUUCAUUUCAUUCAUAAAAUACUUAUACAGUCUUCGCAAAGUUCUCAAAUAUUAAAAAGCUUGUACAAAUUAUUUCAAAAAUUAAUUGUUUUAGCAUCAUAAACAAUCAAUGUCAUUCACUCGUACACAAGUACACUCAUCAAAGUUAAAGUAUUAGUUGGCGCGGAGUUAAAAGGAAUUAAAAGUACAGCAGGAUGAGAUCUGACACAUGGAUCUUCUAUAAAACUUGGCAUCAAAAGUGCUUUCGUUUUUUUUGUUCUUGGCCGAAGAAACGCAUCUUUUUUAAAAUGCGUAAUUGCAUAAUUGGAGUAUACAAAAAAAUCCGGAAAAAAGACUACCACGCAUUAAAAUAAAUUACACUCCAAUGCAAAUAAGAGAAGCGAUAAUACAUUUGGUGACCAUUCUGGAAUUCUAAUAUAACAACACGAAAAUGCAUUGCAGACGCAUAUUGGUCAAAUAUAUACAAUUUGAUGUGUUGGUAAUUCUGGCAACUAUUAGGCUUGGAAAUGCCAACUAUCUAGGUGCUCGCAGUCGAGAAAGAAAUUUAAACAACAAUAACAACGGAGUUAAAUCUGAAGAAUCAGCACAUAUCGUAAAUUCCGGCGGUGUAAGGACAGUUGGGGAAGUAUUUGUGCCAAAAACAUUUUCCCUCAACUCACAGGAGCCAACAUGCGAACAGCUUCGUGCCAUGUGGAUAUUUUCAAAAAGGCAAUCCCGAGCUGCAGAAAUCACGAAUGAAAUACCAACGUACCGGGACCCCUUUACUUAUAAUGUUUGGGAACCGCUUUUAUUGAACUCACGAAUGCUCGGAUCACUGAGAAUGAGCGCGAGAGAAAGAGCCAGGUCGCCCGUAUUUGGCCGUGUUGUCAACCGAGAGCCAAAUACACCACAACGCGUUCCAUUUGAACAUCAUCAAAGAUUGGUUGAAUUUGGACCAGGUUCAAGUCAAUCUCGGUAUUACGGAGCUGAAUCGCGACCACAAAACGGUGCUUCUUCCUCAUCACGCAGAUCAAGUAAAAAUCGAUAUAUGGGAGUCCCAAAUGGUACCGGCAAUAAUGCAAAAGAAAGUCAAAACUCAGUUGCUAUACAAGGCAGUUUUCAAAAGCUCAAAGAGUUAAUAUGGACUGAGAGAGCUAAGGAAUUAACAGAGCAACGAAGAGAUGAGGAGUUGGCUGCACGUGCUGCAGCCCUUAAAGAAAUUGCUAACGGGAAAAACGUUCUAUCGAAUUAUAAUCCUCAAGCCGCUAGCCCAUCUGAUUCCAUAUUAAUGGAUGAAAAUAGAAGCCCUGAUGGAAAUAGUUACCAAUAUAGUGACGUUAAUCGCAUGUCAAUUCUAAAUGAGCAAAAUUUUCGGAGCGACAAAAGUAAUAAAAAUAGACAUAGGACUGGCGCCAGAGCAACCACACGACGCAUUGGCAAUUCCGCUUCUUACAAUAAAAAAGAAAGUCUAGCUAAUAAGGAACAUAAAACAUUAUUUCCUGGAAAUAAUCGAGCAGCCCGCAUUAAAAUUCCAUCAACUGAGCUUUUUUCAAGUGAUUCCACCGAAAGAGAUCAUUCAGUCAUUGGUAUUCCGAGGACAUACCCAAUACGAAAAUCACACUUCAGAGAGCGAAAUCGAUCCCUUCUAAAUGAGCCGCAACCUAACGACCACUUCCAUCGGAUUCUUAGAGGACUAACGGCAUGGCCUUUUAAAAAGUCUUCACAGGAAAUAGACCAAAGUAAAUUUACAUCUAUUGAAAAUGCGUUAGGCCGCCAACUUGACAUACUCGGACAUUCCAGUAAGCCGAAGGAUAACAAUUAUUUUACAUCUUUAGAGAAUAAUGAUAAACUAAAAAUGUUGAAUGAACAAAAACCAGAAACUGAUGAAUUUGAGUUGGGAUUAUACGAUUACGAUUAUUAUUAAAGAAUCUGUGGUACCUAAUGAGACCUCAAAAUGUUUGUGGAAAAAUUUAGUCUUUUUAUUUUUAAUUGAUAUUCAUCAAAAUAAAAUUUAAUCCAAGUUGUAAAUACAUUUGAUUGUUAAUCAAUAUAACAUGACAUUAUUACCACAUUCAUAAAGGCAUUUUCGAACAUUUUUUAAUUUACGAGGAAUUUAAAUUGAAGCUAUCCAAAUUGGUUUUAUUGUAAUAUAAAAAGUCCAGUAUCUACUGGAUGUCAAUGUAAAUCAGUAAAUUAGUUAGUAUUUAAACCUCAUUGUCAAUACUAAGCAAAAAGUGUAGAGAAGUCUUAAAAAACUUUUCACAUAUCAAAAAGUAGAAGGCUUGGUCAAGAAUUUAGUUCGUGCGCCAUUAUCGUUUUCUAUAUACCUGCAAAAGAAUUAUAAUUAUAACACAACUAAAUACUUUGAACUAUCUAUUUCAGAAAACCGAAGGCUUAAUAAUUUAAUGCAUUUUUAAGUUCAUAUGAUGUUUUUUAUAUAAAUAUAGCCCUUUAAAUUAUAAAGCCUGACGUGCGUUUCGGAUGUUAAAGUUUCAAUUUUUGCACUGUUUAGCCCAGAUUUUUAAAUACACCAGGCUUUAAGUAUUGUCAGCCAUUUUUUUUUUAUAUUUUCAGUUAAUACAACAAGUCAUAAGGAUGCACAACAUAUUUCGAGCAGACCUACCGAUAUCUGAUAGGUUUUUAUGAAAAGUGCAAAAUAGCACAGUGUAAAAACUCUUGUCAGAUAGCAUACAUAUAUUUUUCGAGAGAUAACAUGUUUACGUACCUAGAUAAUGUUACGUUUGGAAUUCAACUAACAAAAUGCUUCCAACCAAUAACAAUCAAUUGCAAAUAAGAUAUUAUGUGCUACUCAGUCAAUAUCAAUUCCGAAUUUCGGAAGCCAUAUUUAACAUUUAAAUGCUAAUCAAUUCCACUUUCACGGAAGUACCUACUUAAAAGUUAAAGUUUACUAAUCAUUAACUGAAAACAUAUCACGAUCUAUAAGUAGACAUUACUUUCCAGAUACAUAAAGAAAUAAUUAAAACAUAUUUUCAGCCUGAAACCAAAACGGGAUGUCAAUGAAAUUAAUCUUAUUUAGACUUUUGUACUUAUUUACUUAAAGUACGUUAACCGACGAAUGCAAUACAAUCAGCACUAAACUAUUGAAACCAAAUACAUACAUUCACAAAAAUAUUCAGUUUUGGAUCGUUGGUUCGGCUUUGUGCCCAUAAUAUAGAUAUCCAUUUUUACAUAAAUAUCCUUUUUAAACUCGUGCCAACAAUCGUUAAAAAUAAUUUAGAGUAAAACUUAUGUAACUCCAAUGUCUGUAACUUGGAGAUCGCUGCAAAUAUAUGCUAAUCCCUAUAUUUAUUCAAUCAAAGUUUUUCAAUUUUCGAUUUCAGUUUAGCUGAGUGGUUUAAGCUAGCUUACUAGAAAUGAUCUAUGCAAAAAUGCAUGUAAAAUUUAACAUAUCGAACUAUUAUACAAACUUUUAUUUUAAAAAAAUGCACUGUAUUGGCCUAUUAUAAACUUUUGCAUAUGUAUAUAAAGAGUAUAAUAGAAAAUAACUUGUGUAAUAUGAUAAUACUUGGUGAGACGUUACCUAGAUCAAAACUGCGUACCACUGAAAGCUUUGAUCAAUCUAAAAUCACCUGGUGUUCAAGUCCAAAACCUUUAUUAUACUCACCUUAUUCAUAGUAAUAACUUAUUAAUAAUCGUACAGAAUGCCCGCGUUCACCAGCACAACAUAUCAAAGGCAAGUUAUACCUAAAGGCCAAACCUUUUUGGGCAUUAAUCUUAAUAAAUACAUUUUAUUUUACCAUUUCCCAACAAACUACUACAUUUUAAAGAAAUGUACGAUUUGGAGUUUUUUAUUUUAAUUUCGCAAGUAAAAAACUUCUCUGAUAAUCAUUCUAUUACAUAUACUGGUUUGUAAGGUGCCGCUAAUGGGAUUAGUAUUAUUUUCUGAUGCAGUUUGACCCCCUGAAUUAGGAAAUGAUAAUUCAACAUUAUUUUAAAAUCUGAAUUUCUUAGCUAAUCUUUUAAUGAAGUAUGUUUUCCAAAAUUAAAAUGAGUGCUGUUACUAGAAAAAUUGCCAGCCUAGUUACAACGGUCUUAGCAGAACUCGACAUAUAAUAUAAAAGAAUGAACUCAUGAACUGAUAAAAAAAUUAAAAAAUAUAUAUAUUGAAAGGUACAUUGGGUUACCAACACCUGAAAUAAAGUAAAAGAUGUAAGAUAUUGUGUAUAUGUGUGCUGGUAAACGCAUGCAAAAUUGAUAUUACACGUCUACAUGUAGUGCUUGUAUUAAAUACAUACAAAAUGUAAGUGUAAGUUCCGCGACAAUAAUUUAGAAUUUUAUAAACAGACAAUAGAAUACUUUUCAAAACAAAAAAAUGUACGAACGAUAUGCUCAAAUCAGUAAUUAAUAUCAUUUCAAAUAUCUUAAAGUUGUCUACGCAUGGUUGGUGUUUAAUAAAUCAAAAAUGAAAUAAAUAAUUCAUUCAGGAAAAACUUUUAUUGUAAAAUAUGCUGUACAUUAAAUUGUAACAAAAUAAAACGAUAAAAAUAUUAUAUUGUAAUACUA